AUGACUGUAAUUUUUCUGGCUUCUGCAUAUGCCAUGUCGAAAAAAUACUUCGAACGUCCAUGUUCCGAAUGGAAUAUUGUGGGAUUCUUGAGCGAAUGUGAAGAGAGACAGUUCAAUGAAUUCGAUGAGAAUAUAUCAUAUUAUAUUUCAUGUCUUGAAACUAUAUCUAAAGAGAAGGACUCAGAAGUGGCAAAGGAUUCCCUGAGGUUUUUUGUCACCGGCGGUAUUGAGGCACAGGAUCCUAAACCCGACUACAAAAUUGCGCGAAACUGGAAGUCAGAGCAUACCAAGAAACAAGUCCAUCUCUAUAAUCCGACAUUCGUUGGCCAAGGUAUUGGAACUAUAAGUGGCGGGACAUCUGGAACUAUAAAUGGGCUCAUUGUUGAAUCUUCAAAGAGAGAGGCUCCAGUUCCUGAAAAUCAGGACUAUAAUAAAGUUCCCAAAAGAGCAAAAAUUGAAGAUUGGUUUCGACCCUGUACUCCGCCACAUCAAAUCUAUUCGCGAAAUGCUUACCCUCAUUCGGUCCAGGAAUGCAAUAACAAUGAAUCAUAUGUUUACGAUGAGUCCUCUGAUUUGGAUAAUGGAAAAAAUCACGGAGAGGUCAAUAAUGAAAUUGACAAUAUUGCUAAUGAAGAUAUAUAUCUUUUAUCUCAAGAGACUCCGCAGAAUGUGACGGAAGAUGUCUACAAAAUAAUCGAAAAAUUAAAAUCCAUUAACUACCGAUUAUUUGAUUACAGAAUCAUCAACCUUUCGGAGCGAAAUAUCACAAAUCCCGUUAAUAAAUUAUCAAGUUCUGAAAAACAUACCCUAAAGGAUAUUUGGAACUCGUUAGAGCCAUCUGAUCAAUCAAAAACAAUCCGUCUUGAAAAAUGGAAAAAAAUUAUAAAUCCCCUUGUACAAAAGUACCAAUCUCAUUUAGAAAGUAAAUCCGUAUUCGAUGUAAUUUCCUUGAGUGAUACUAUUGAGGUCGUUCUUGAAAAACCAUAUACCGGAAAAUUUAUUCAUAAAGAACAUUAUGAUCUUAUAUGGGUACAGGAUAUUUAUAAACGAUUUCUAUUUCUUUUCGAUGCACCCACCAACUUACUAUUGGAUCCGGAUCAAUGUGAACUUUCUUAUCGAGAAAAUUUUGUAAAUCCCAUUAUUGUUAAAGUUUUUGACGACAUCAUGGAUUUAAUCAAGGUAAAAACAGGGGAGGUAGAAAAUUUGUCAAACAAAACGCAGAGAAAUGAAACUAGACAAUAUAAGCAACGGGUUAGCAUUGGAUGUUCCCAAGAUGGGAUAUAUUCAAUUAACGUAAAUGCUGUUGUUUUAGAAGUAGGAUUCUUAGAGGUUAUCGGCAAUGCCCUCUACGCUGAUAUCAAAAAAUUAAACAAUGACACUGAAAAAGUGUUGAAGUGUAUGCAAAUUUCUAUUCAUUAUCAACGUCAACACUAUUUAUCACGUGGGGUUACUGAACAACAAGUAUCCUUUGUUGAAUCAUAUGGAAUUGUCGUCUACCGUAAGUAA